AUGGAGGCAAUGACCGUCCAGUCUAGCGGUUGUUACAGAUGCAAGGGGGAUCACGAAUGGAAGCAGUGUCGGGAACAGGUGACCCUUGAGGGACCAUCUGAAUCUCUUGCUUGGCCAUCCGAGUCUCGGUACGGUAGGUUCCAGCGCGAGAAGAAGUUUGCCGUCUGGGUCGAGAACGGAAGAAAGGAGGACACCAAGGAAAAAAGCAGUGAGCAAGCUGGAGAGGGAAGUAGUGACCAAGCCGGGGAGGGAAGUAGUCAGCAAGCUGGGGAGGGAAGCAGUAAGCAGGCCGGAGAGGAACACGCUGCGUUUCUGGAGGACGGUCAGCUUGCAGAGUUCAACGCCUUCUUCCAGCCGACUACCUCUCUUCCAGACCGCCAGGGUUAUGCCGGCUCGAACAGUAUCGACACAAAGCAUGUGGACACGAGCGGCCAAGCAGUCACGCAAGGAAAUAUCAACUUUGAUCUGCGUCCCGGGGAUGACAACAUCUACGCACUUCGCCCGGCCUUCAGUGGGUCACAGGACCAGAAAACUGUUCUCACCAACCACUUCACCGUCAAGCUAAGGCACAAGCGAAUCUUCUGGUACGAAUUUUCCGGGACCGCCUUCGAGAACCAGAUGGCCCGUGGAAAGAAGAAAGACUUGAUCGAGCGCUUCAUUCGAGACACGGACACCUUGAACAACAACCGGAACCUCUUUGCAACAGACUACAAGCAUGUUCUGGUCUCCUGGGUGGACCUACGCCGGGAAAAUGCGGGCGACCAGGUGGGUGAGGUGGACGUGUCAGUGGAGCCAAAGGAAGGGGAGCAGAGGGAUUCUAAGUUUGUGGAGCUCUGUCUGAUACACACCCUCGACCUGGACGCCUUCAAGAACCAGGCCAAUGGCACCGCGGCGCCCAGUGAAGUCAACUCUAACCUUGUCGUGCAAGCUCUGAACAUCCUCAUCUCCAAGAACGCAACUGAGUAUCCGGACGAAGAUUUCGAGAGUUUCCAGAUUGGUACCAACCGCUUCUUCCGCAAGGCUGGCUGGGAGGAUCUCAGGAAGAGAGGUAGAGAUACUUCUACUUCUCUGCUGGUUUGCCAUCGUGGAUACUUCUCAACCAUCAAGCCUGCCAUGGAAAACAUCCUUCUGAACCUCAACACAGCCAUGAGCGUCUUCUUCCGUCCGAUGAAGCUCAGCGACUUUCUCCUUCACGCGGAAAAUUACUUCGAUGUCGACUCAGCUCAGAAGUACAUCAUUGGAGCACGUGUCUGGAUUGAUUAUGAUGUUGGUAAGAGCAAGGGGGAAGCGCCGACAAAUCCGUCACGCAGAAUCAAGACCAUCAGAGGGUUCGGCAGACAGUUGAAGGCACAGGAGUUCAUUCUGGCGGAAGAUGGGAAAGAGCCAAAGGAAGUCAACGUCUUCGACUACUUGAAAGAAAAAUACGCUAAGGAGACCAAAUCUCUUAAAGAAACUAGCAUCAGCGUCAACUUGGGCACGGCGAAGGGCGCCAUGUGGUACGCGCCCGAAACCCUCACGAUCCUUGCCUUCCAGCCCUUUCGACCCAAGCUUUCGUCAGCUCUGCAAGACGCGAUGGUCCACCUUGCGUGCCGGACUCCAGAUGAGAACAAGAAGGGUAUUAUGGGAGAGGGCCUCCGGUGCAUGGGUCUGCUCUCACCCGGCCAAGAUAGUUUCAUCAACCGGGCUGGUAUUAACGUCGAGCCCAAAGCCGUGAUCGUGCCGUGUAAGACGCUCGGGAAUGUCAAAAUCCAACCACCAGCGCCAAAGAUGAAUAAUGGAACGUGGAACAUGAUCGACCGCAAGUAUGAGAGUUCCAGCAGCUGUUCUAGGGUCUUCUACAUCCGCUGUAAUCCUCGGUUUCCAAUCACCGACUUCAACAAAGACUUCUUCAACACACUCAGUGGAUAUCUCAAGGUCAGGAUCAAUGAACCGUCGUGUAAUCAUGCGCAGCUUUCAGCAAACUUAACGUUAAAGGAUCUGGAAGAGACCCUAGGAAAGGUUUCAAAAUGGAAUCCAGACCUAGUUAUCUUCCUCGUUCCGACAAAGGACAGUACUGCUAAUUACGCGUUAUUCAAGCAACUAUGCGACCAGAAGUUUGGACUCAAGACGGUCUGCAUGAACGCAGAAAAGCUUUUCAGGAUGUACUCGUCACGCGGAAAGAGCGAAAAAGCUGAAAAAGAGUGGAAGGGCUACGUCGCCAACGUUGGGAUGAAGGUCAAUAUGAAACUCGGUGGUACUAAUCACCUGGUCAAAAAUCUGACUGAAGGCGGAUUUGGUGCAUCUGUGCUUCAGAACACCAUGAUCCUCGGUGCUGAUGUCACUCAUCCGUCGCCUGGUAGCGUGGAGGGCACUCCUUCUGUGGCAGCGGUCGUCGGUAGUGUUGAUGCUGGCUUCACCAAGUUUCUUGGCUCUAUGCGUCGACAGGCACCUCGCGGGGAGAAACAAUCUGAAGAGAUGAUUCAGGAGAUGAAGGAAAUGGUUAAGGAGCGUUUGCAGGCCUACAAGAAGCGCAACAAGGAACGCUACCCAGACAACAUCAUGUACUACCGUGAUGGUGUGAGCGACAGUCAGUACGCUUCUGUCAAGCGUAACGAACUGAAAGCCAUUAGGGAAGCGUAUGCAGAAGAGACGAAGUCCGAUAAGACGGUCAAAAUCACCGCCAUCAUCACAGCCAAACGUCACCAUACCCGCCUCUAUCCGCAUGAGGCGCAGAAGUCAGUCCGCGCAAUCAAAUCGGGAAAUGUACUUCCCGGUACAAUGGUUGACUCGACCAUCACGUCCCCCACCUGGUUCGACUUCUUCAUCGUCACGCACAACGGCAUCCAAGGAACUUCGCGUCCGACGCACUACUUCGUGCUGGAGAACCAGAUGGGAUUCAAAGCUAACGAGCUGCAAGACUUCACAAACAAGCUCUGCUACACCUACGUACGCUCAACCUCAGCCGUCUCGUACGCACCACCAGCGUACUACGCUGAUCGACUGUGCGAGCGCGGUCGCGUCUACUUGAAGCGCUUCUUCGACGGAAGUUUGAAUGUUAGUGCAGCGAGGCAGCAGGACGACGAAACCUUGAGAUGGGAGACAGAGGAGGAAGCCUUCCAUCGAUGCCUCGAGCACGACUGGAUGCGUGAGGAGGACCGCAAUAACGUGGACCGUAAGAACCCGUGGCAUCCGAACCUUGACGAUAUCAUGUUCUGGAUGUGA